AUGGCUCGUUCUGCAUUUGUUUCUGAAGGGUUUAACAGCUGGAAGAGAGUUAAUGAUAGAGAAAAAUGUGCAUUUCUUAUUCAUGUUGGUUCAUUGUCUUCAUCACAUAAUAGAUGUGUGAAAUGUGUUCAGGAUUUGAUGAACCCAAAAGGUCAAAAUGAAUCAGAGAGUUUCUUAAAUCGUGGAAAUUUUAUUGAAUUGUUGAAAUUUCAAGCACAUUUAAAUGAUGAAAUUGCAAAAGUUGUGUUACAUAAUGCCCCGCAAAAUGCUAAAUACACUUCUCCACAAAUUCAAAAGGAAAUAUUACAUAUUCUUGCUAAUAAAGUGAGAACAAUGAUUCAAGAUGAAUUGGGAGAUGCCAAGUUUUGUAUUCCUGUUGAUGAAGCUCAAGAUGAAUCUAAAAAAGAGAAAAUGACCCUUAUUUUCAUAUUUGUUAAUAAUUCUGGAUUUUUGGUGGAACGUUUCUUUGAGAUUUUGAGUGUUGAGGACACAACAUCGGCAAACCUUAAGAAAUCAAUUUCUGACAUCUUUGUUCAACACAAUAUUCAAAUCCAUAACAUGAGGGGACAUGGGUAUAAUGGUGCAACUGCUAAGGAUGUGCCUUCUAUUUGGCAAUUCUUUUCUUAUUUGACUUCCAUUGUAAACUUCGUCACCUCGUCUCCUAAACGUCUUAGUGAUUUACAAUCUGCUCAACAAGAAGAGAUUGCAUAUAUGUUGGCUAUUGAUGAGUGUGAGUCUGGUACAGGAGCUAAUCAAAUUGGUACAUUGCAUAGACCUGAUGCUACUUGUUGGAGCUCUCAUUAUGAUUCUGUUAGGAACUUGAUAGACAUGUAUGCAGCAACUUAUUUUCAAGUGAUGGAACUAAAUUGUAGAUUCAGUGAGGCAACAAUGGAACUUCUUGCUCUUUGUUCAGCUUUGGAUUCUACUGAUUCAUUUAAAAAAUUUCAUAUGGGCGAUAUUUGCAAGCUUGCAUCAAAAUUUUAUCCAGCUGAUUUUACUCAACAAGAAAUUCAUGCUUUGAGAGCUGAAUUGGAACACUAUCAACUUGACAUAGUUUGUGAUCGUGAGUUUCAACAAAUUUCUACUCUUUCUGCAUUAUAUAGAGAAAUGAUUGUGAUAAAAAAGGCUGAGAGUUAUGUUAUGUUUUAG